AUGCUGGUGGCACAAAUAUCUCACUCCCAGGCCUUGUGUCUUUGUGCGCCACUGCAGCGGGCGACAACUCAGAUACCGCCAGUACAGGCCUCUGUUGUGCGAUUGUCACUGUGGCAACGAGAAAAUCUAGUACGGACCGCAUUGAGGCAUGGCUGGCUCUCUGACAAUUGGAACGGCCGAUUUCUUGCGACUAGUAAUGGUGGCACCGGCGGCUAUAUCGACUACACGAACCUUGCACACGGCGUCAGUCUCGGCGUUGCAACCUUUGGCACUAAAGCAGGUCAAUAUGGGCAGGCAGACACUGGCGGUCGACAAGGCUUCGAGGAGGCAAUCCUCUAUCAUGAAGAUUUCGAUGGCAUCCAGGGACCUAUGGGUGUGGACUGGUUGCAUGUCGUUGCCUACAAAGAUAUUCUGGCGCGUCGGCAGGGGUGGCCUGAUCUCGAGUCCCUCGGCUACAUCACCGCAGCCCAUUGGUCUGCUAUCGUUGCCGCUCAAAUCAAAUUAUUUGAUCCUCACGGUGGCUUUACCGACGGCACGAUCGACAAUAUGAGUCUUCACAAUCUGGAGCCUUCGAUGUUCGCUUGCAGCACUGGUAUACUCAAUGAUUCCACCUGUCUCGCCGCAGCGCAAGUCAACACCGUGCGCAAGAUCUACCAGCCGCUUGCCGACUCCUCAGGCUCCUCAGGUAAGAUUGUUUAUCCUGCGUUCGGGCUCGGUGCUAGCACGUCGGUGUUCUUAGUGAAUAUCAAGGUCAUCAACGGCACCACGGUUCCUGCAAUGGUCUACACACUUGUGGAAGACCACUGGCGAGGCGCGGUGUACAACUCCAGCACUUGGAAAUCUAGAAAUUUUUCAACCACAGACAUGGAUCUUGCUGUGUGUUUGCACCCUGGCACCAUCAACAUUGCAGGAGGCACAUCCCACAACGUGUCUACGUACCAUGGCUACGGCGAGAAAUUGCUUGCAUAA